AAAAAACAUCUGUAUACCCGCCCUGGCCUGUCGCCAUGUUGUUCCCUGUGUGUUGGACAGGAGCAGCUGCAGCUGGAGCUGGGUGGCACCAUCACUGCAGCCUUCUACCUGCCAGGUCCACGGCCCUCUUUCCGCUUCACUGCACCCAGACAGGCCGGCCCAGAGCUCCCUGAGGCGUCCUCCGUGUGGCCGCGAGGUAUCUGCUGAAAAGAAACUUCCUGUACUCCUUUAAGGAACUUGGCAUUGUGAUGAAACCCUUUCCCUCAUCAUCUGAGUGAAUCUUCUCAACGACUAUAGGAGAUAAUGAUGUUUGAACUGAACAAUUAAGGGUUCUGAAGUCAAAGUUCUUGAGAUUAAUAAUGGCAGGAAAAUCAUCACUUUUUAAAGUAAUUCUCCUUAGAGAUGGUGGAGUUGGGAAGAGUUCUCUUAUGAACAGAUAUGUAACUAAUAAGUUUGAUACCCAGCUCUUCCAUACAAUAGGUGUGGAAUUUUUAAAUAAAGAUUUGGAGGUGGAUGGACAUUUGGUUACCAGGCAGAUUUGGGACACAGCUGGUCAAGAGCGAUUCCGAAGCCUGAGGACACCAUUUUACAGAGGUUCUGACUGUUGCCUGCUUACUUUUAGUGUCGAUGAUUCACAAAGCUUCCAGAACUUAAGUAACUGGAAGAAAGAAUUCAUAUAUUAUGCAGAUGUGAAAGAGCCCGAAAGCUUUCCUUUUGUGAUUUUGGGUAACAAGAUUGACAUAAAGGAACGGCAGGUAUCUACAGAAGAAGCCCAGGCCUGGUGCAGGGACAACGGUGACUAUCCUUACUUUGAAACAAGUGCAAAAGAUGCCACAAAUGUCGCAGCAGCCUUUGAGGAAGCAGUUCGGAGAGUUCUUGCUACUGAAGAUAGGUCAGAUCACUUGAUUCAGACAGACACCAUCAAUCUUCACCGAAAGACCAAGCCUAGCUCAUCUUGUUAUUGAUUAUUAAUGAGAUGUAUACACAAAAUCAACAUGGAGAGAGAGAAUUAGCAUUUGCAGCAGCAUAUCAUCUACUAAUAAACGUAAACUAAUGUAUAUUGCUGCUUCAUUAGUUGGUGGGAGAAGGGAAAUAUCCACUUACAGAGGAAUGUAUUUACUUAAUAAUGGCACCUUACAUUUAUAAAUUGUAAUGGCUGUCUAAUAAUGUUUCUUUAAUUUAAAUAUGUAAGUUACAGAGCUAGUAAGAGAUGACCAAGACUUUAA